CCUUACUGUAGGUACCUAGGAGGUACCUAGGUACAAGUACUUACUGAGUACACCUACCAGUACGAGACGCACCAAGUACUCAGGCAACGUACGCUACCUACACGCUACUCGUACCUAUCUGUCAGUCUGCCAUGCAAAGCCAAACUAAAUUUACCACAACCACUACUGUACCACCAUCUCACUCCCCAUCUUCUCCUUUCACACCACUGGCACUGGCACUGGCACUGGCCUAGUCCUCAUCCAAACCCAUCCCAACCUUCUCUCGCCAUCCGCCAUCUCGACUAUCCGUCCAUUGUCAAUUGAUUUUCCUUUGACCUUCCUGAAGCCUCCCCCGGCGAUUCGUGCGGGUGCCUCCGCCCUUCACUCACUUGCUACCUAGGUACCGAGUACCACCUGCACACCACCCUUCCUCGCUAUAUUUUGCCUGAGGGCAAUCGAGAAAAGACGCUGUCAUUCCUUUCCCGCGCGACAUCGGAUAUUUGUCUGCAGAUCCGCUCAAGAAAUUCAGUGAAUUGGGGAGAAGGCUCGCCAAAGGAACAACCACCCGUGACCUUGGAUACUGCGCGCCGACAGCUACUUACAUUCAUAAUCUCUUUCACCACAGCACCUUGAAAUUUCCAUUUCCUAUCAACUCCAGGAAUCCAUGACCCUCGACGCACAAUGACAAGACCAGAAAUUAUCCGGGCAGGUAAGCGCUGCCGAUUCGUCCUACAAUCCAUCCAAAGAGUGAUCGCUAAUAUUGGACAGAUUCCAUAGAUCUCCAAGACCAGACAGCCCCCUCGGCGCAGGAUCACUCUCGAAAGCCUACGAACGCGGCCCCCUUGGGAGCUGGCCCUCCGGCUCCACACCAAGCAGAAGCCUUGCGGGAAGUCGCAGCAGAAGCAGCAGAACAAAACGGUCGCAGCCCACGAGUAUCAAAGGAAUGGACCUCGGGCGAGAUUCAGCAGAUGCAGGAUUAUGGUAGGGCAGAGGAGGACUUGGCUAGCUCAGCGACGACAAAAUUGAAUGGCUCAAAUAAGCAAGAUACUUCGGCAGUCUCGCAAAAUGGUGCUAGCACGAUGGUAUCUACCGCCGAGGAUGCAGACAUGGCUGAUGCCGAGGGUGACGAUGGAAUGGACGACGAUUUGAUGGACAAGAUCUCGAGUUCCCCGUCAAUCGACGAUGGUGGGUAUUCCCUUCUAAAAACAUGGCCUCUCAGGUCUACUUCUCUUAGCAGCUGUGAACCAGCCACUCCACCUCCGUCUUCACAAGCGUGCGACAACGGUUCAUCGCCAUAUCUGGUGACGCCUACAAGAUUCCCGUUGUGCUCUCCACAAGCCCAAUCCGACAGUGGCGAAGUGCAACGCGAUAAGGUGCAACAGAAUCAUCAUCUUCUGAGUGAGUAUUCGGCCGGCACAACGGGAAAUGAGUAUACUUUCAGCGAUUAUGACCAUAGCAAUUAUGUUGACCCGCCAUCUCCCAUGAUUGUGAGAGGAAGUUCAAGCCCCUAUCACCAGAUAUCCUUCCAGGACCCGUUCUCCGAUGACACACUGCAGACACGCUCCAGUACGCUUCUCACGCAGCUUUCAGGAAACGGGAUUCACAUGGAUAUGAGUUUUGAUAACGGGAUGAUCGUGCCUUAUGAAAGCGAAAGCUCCGAUGAAGAUGAUGAUUUUGAAAUUCCCUACAAUACCGAUUCCAGAUUUCUUGAUUCAGGGUGGGGUGGAGAAUGCUUACGUGAUUUAGAGGACAUCGAUUUCGAAUUCGUCUACGCUCUCCAUACAUUCGUCGCAACGGUCGAGGGUCAGGCAAAUGCCACAAAGGGCGAUACAAUGGUACUCCUGGAUGAUAGUAACAGCUAUUGGUGGCUUGUGAGAGUAGUCAAGGAUAGUAGUAUUGGUUAGUCACAGUGGGAUAGCGACGCAACGACAUCGAAUGUUGAACUAACGGAAGUUUCUAGGAUACUUACCUGCGGAACAUAUAGAAACGCCCACCGAAAGACUGGCCCGUUUAAACAAACACCGCAACAUAGAUGUGCGCUAUUUAUCCCACCACGUAUCAGUCCUUUUUUUAAACUAACAAAAUUAGCUUACAUCUACAAUGUUGGGCGAUCAAGCAGAAAAAUCUAAAAAUCCACUCAAAAAGGCCAUAAAGAGACGGAAUGCUAAAGCUGUAACUUUUGCUCCGCCGACCUAUGUGGAGGCGUCGGAUAUGGAUUAUUCCACUGAUGAAGAGGAUGGUGAAGGGGAGUUCUACAGAUCUAAUGAGGAGCAAGCCCAGAACGCUGAACAACAGGAUUCAUCUGCAGAACAAGAUGAGGCUAACACUGGCGAACCACCAAAAGCUCGUUCUACAGUCCAAGAAGUCAGGUCCGAUAAGGCUGACCCCGACAACAAAGGCGGAGAAGGCGUUUCAGCAGGUAAUCCUGACGGUGAACGGACUAGUGAGGAGAUUCUAGAUGGAAAGGUGGAGAGCAAAUCGCGAAACGGCACGGUCAGAAAUACAGAUUCGUUUUUCAAGGACGAUUCUGUGGAGACCCGGAAAAUCACUCUCACACCCAACUUGCUCCGCGAUGAUUCGAGCACUUCAACACGUACUUCGAACGAUUCCAAGGAAUUCAGUAAGCGACCAAGUCUUGACAAACUUGAAAAGGACUCCGCCUCCGAUAAAGCCAAAGAUAAAAAGGACAAGAAGGAUAAGAAGGAUAAAGACAAGAAACCCGGAAUGCUCAGCGGUCUAUUCAAAAGAAAAGACAAGAAAUCGAGAGCAAUCGAAGAUGAAGUUGAAGAAAUGAUGGCUGGCAAGAAGUCGAAUGAGCACUCAAGAUCAUCUCCUGUUCCAAGUAAGGAUUCGGACGAAAUUGGAUACAGUUCAGAGACUCCACAGACUUCAGUCACACCACAAAAACAACCAAGUAAAUUGCAAAAACAGCCUCGUACAGAAAUGUCCCCCAGUCGACAGCCAGCCUCUGUCAAGGAUGCCAAGCCUGUGGAAAAACCGCAACAAGCUCCCGCCCCUGAGCGAGCUCCGCCUGCAGAAUCGGUACAGGCGCCAUCGAUGCGCCUGGUGCAAUCCGAGCCCGUCGCUGAGGCCUCACAACAACCACGAGAACCUUCGGCUGAAAUCUCCAGAACUCCCGCUCCCAUCCUCACGGCACCAAAAGAGCAGAAACCCGUAGGUGCAAUUACCAAGAUACUUCGCUCUGCGAGUGGCUCAACAUCGGAUCCCAAACCUGUCAAGGCGAAAAAAGCCAAAGAGAGAGUCGAGCUAGACGAUUUUGAUUCCACGCCAGAAAGCUCCCCCAUUGAGGAGCCUACGCGAGAAAAUAGCCAGCAAUCUCGACCAAUUCCAGGAAGCUUUCCUGACAGCUAUAUUUCUACGAAUGACAAUACAACUGAUCGGCUGUCAGCAUCUCCAGUUCAGGUUUCGCCCAUUACACCUCCUCGGUCAUAUCUACCUCCACUCGUGAUCGACAACUCGAGCCAGGAAGAGCCGCCAUCACCAAGAUCGUCGCCAUCACCAGAACUUAUAGAUGCCGAUGAUGUACAUGACAAGAAAGAGACAGGAAGCUCCUCGACGUCUGCAUCCACACCCACGUGGAGUGACUCCCAUCUUCGCACUUUCUUUGAUGACGAUGCUGAUAUCAAAGACCUUCUGGUCGUGGUUUAUGACAAGUCAGGCGUCGUGCCUGCUGGUCCUGAUCAUCCGAUCACGGGGAAUCUCUUCCGUGAAGAAAAUGCCAAAUUAGCAGACAUCACAAAUGUAAGUUGCAACCUGGAUUGUACUCAUCAAGUAAUGUUAACGUGUCUUGCAGCGUUUGGACGGUAUGCUUGGAGAUUGGCUUGCUCGGAAAAUGAGAGCACAGGCAUCGAGGUGAGAGAUGUAGCUCUUGGGAUUGCAUAUGAUUUGAAUGAUAAUGAGGGUUCUUGUUUUUCUGGCGUUUGGAAAUGGGGUGGCGUGGAACAAAUGGAUAUACCAUAUUGUGUGGACUUUCCAUCUUCUGUAUACUCGUGGGGCGUCAAAAUUGUUGUUUAUUGUUGGAAGUUCUCUGUAGCCAUGCAUUGCUCUGGCGUGGUAUUUGAAAAGAUGGAAUUUAGUAUAAUUAUAACAAUACUAUUAUGUUAUUGUGAGAUGGUUUCCCUGAGCUUGUGUAUGGAUGAAGUGGCGAAAAGCGAGACCGCGAUACCUUUGGGAACGUACUUCACUCAUCGCGGUACUCAGGAUCUGAGGAUUUGUGAAGCACUGAAUUGACCACGUCCUGAAUUUUGUCUGAUCUUAAAUUUGUAUAGAUAUCUACUACGUAGAUACGCUACUCGUAGAUUUCUGUCAUGCUGACCAUAGUCAGCGUGGCAGACAUGCCGUGCCCUGAGUUGGGGUGAUAUUGGCUGGCGCUUCGGUACAUUUAUAUUAAUAGCAAGGGGCAACGGCGAUUCAUUGGAGGCGAGCGAGAGCAGAGGGGGAGAGCAGAGGGCCACCGCACCUGGGUGGGGUGGUCAAAGCGCUACCAGUACUCGCGCUCGCGCUACCUCGUCGCUAAGACAUCCCAGCGGAGGGCCCACCAGGCCAGGAUCCAUUGCAACAACUUGAGAGCCAGAGCCCAAGCCCAAGCCUUCAACCUGCGUGCGUCGUGCGUGACGAACAUCUCCACGUCUUCCGCCCUGACGAGCGGCUCUCACGGCUCUCACGACCUCCAUACCCGAAUCCUUCUGCCCCAGCUCCCAGCUCCCAGCUCCCAGCUCCCUCCGCUCAUCGACGCCCACGCCCAGCAUGGCCUUCGAGUCUGGCACUGCCUACCCCGAGUCUGACGCCGACGACGAAUAUGAGCGCAGCGUCCACGCCAGUUCGCCCGUCUUGGCCACAGACUCGGAAUUGUCACCAACCUCAUCCGAUGGAUUGUCGUCGAACGAACACACGCCGACCACAUAUGGUGCUCCUGGUAGCAGCGACAGACUACCCGAGGCUAUCAUCACAGAAUGGACCGCAGAGGAGUGCGCCGACUUUGUAGGCAGCCUGGGCUUGCGCCAAUACGCAGACCAAUUCUUAGGUACAGAGCCAUCCCACAGAGCCUCUCACCAUGGUGCUGAUAUGGAACAGAAAACGAAAUUGUUGGCGAGGCCUUGGUCGCACUGCAGCACGACGAUUUGAAGCAGAUGGGGGUGACGAGUGUGGGCCAUCGCCUGACGAUGUUGAAAAGCGUCUAUGAUAUCAAGAUGAAACAGGACAUACCUAUAGAAAGCGAUCACUAUGUCCCUCUAUGUGAGUAUUGGCUGUGGGGAGCGAAUUCGAGAUGCUAAUGCGAAGGAUAGCUGCGGACGCCGAGGCCCAAUACGCCACAGCAACAUUGAAAGACAUCAAGCAGCUGGUGGAACAACUGCGAUUGCGAGACGAGCGGAUGACCAUCGCCGAAACGGAACUGCGAAGGAUAACAAAUGAGUAUGCGAAGUUGAGGCAGGAUCUGUUACCCGUUUUCCGCCUGGCCAAAGAAGGGCAACCCCUCCCGUACCCGUCCUCUCAAUCAAACCAAAAUUCCUACAACUACGAAACGACCAACACCAUUUCACCGCCUGCACCAACUCCCAAUUCAAGUCAGUCCGGGGUUGGCCUAUCACGAAACUUUUCUACGAAAAAGCUAUUCUUUGAGCCAUCGAAAAAUGCUUCGCCGACAUACCAACAAUUGACCCACGACAGAUCCAUGGAACAGACAUUGGAUCCUGCCAACGCUGCUGAAAGGGCAGUCCUACAAUCUUCGUCCCUUUUAGCUGCCAAUGGUGGCUCUGGCGGCGCUAUAUCACCUGGUUAUCCAUCGCCCAACCAACCUUCGCCAACUUCGCCCCCAACAUUUAAUGGCUCUACCCUUGGUGCACGAUCAUACAACGGUCGUUCAGAUCAACAACCUACACCAUCUCGCAGUACUUUCGACGGCGAUUACCAACCAUCAACUUACUCCCGUGAUUCAACAAAACCCGCUCCAUCACGACGAGGAGCCCAAACCCCAGCACUCGACACACCUUCGGGUGGUGGAGGUGGUGGGGCAUCGGUGGAGAUAUUCAAGUCAUUUCGUGUCAGUAUGGAGGAUCCAUGUUACAAGGUCCUACCGGCAGCUUUGAAGAAAUACAACAUCAACGCACCCUGGGAACAAUAUGCCUUAUACAUUGUUUACGGGGACCAAGAAAGAUGUCUGGGCAUGAUGGAAAAGCCACUUAUACUCUUCAAGCAACUAGACAAGGAAGGCAAGAAGCCAAUGUUUAUGUUACGGAAAUUGACAUCAAAUACCGAAGGUCAAGCUGGAGAUGUUCCUGGAAGUGCUGGUCUAGAUGGGAAUUUGGGGCGAUCGUAUCAGAAUUCGUCGGGAUACGAACCACCUGGGGGGAUCAUAUAAAGAGAGACCAAAUAUGUCUUGAUCUGGUGUAUGGUGUUUGAGGAUAUGUAUAUUUUUGAGAUGGGAGCAAGGAAUUUUUUUGG